UUUCACUUUCAGCUCAGCUGUGGUGGCGCUAGUGCACCGUGAGCUGGGUUUCAAACCGCAGGCUACGAGAGAAGAAGACGAAGAAAACGAAACGAAAAAGUUUGAGCUCAUCUUUAGAUGACACGCCUUUUUCAUAGACCCGAGAACAGAACCGUUAACAUCGUAAUUAUUGACCACAUACACACCAACAGACUUAUACCUUGUGCAGCCCAAUUGCUCACAUUUUUUUGAUGCAACUCUCCGAGCCCUUACUCACUUACCGUAGUCACCAGUUUUCAUAGACUAUCUGAACAAUCCAGAGGUUCUUCUCUACUAAGGGUGUUGCUGGGGCUUUGAAGAAGGACAAGACCGCUGAAGUGAAAAUAGACGAUGGCAAAGUGCAAAACGGAUUGCAUCGAAAGGCCUCUGGCGCUGGCCUUUGCAAAACUUGGUUGUUUUGUUGGUAGAUAUCCAAGUGUGUUUAUUUUAGUAGCUAUAUGUGUAGCUGCUGUCCUUGGAGCUGGUUUCAUGUUUCUUAAGGAGAUGAAGGCAAAUGAUAUUGAAGACCAGUUCACGCCUGUCAAUGGACCUGCCAAGAUGGAGAGGGCGAUUGUGGUGGAAAAUUUCCCCCAGUCUGAAGAGUUUUCUCAGCUACGGCUCGUGUCUGAAGGCACUUAUGCCUCUUUGAUCAUCACAGACUUGCAUGGAAAAAAUAUAUUUACUGAAGCAGCUUUUAAAGACAUUAUUGAGUUGGACAGACAAGUGAAAAGUUUAGAUAUAGGGCACACUUUUGAGAACCUCUGUGCCAAAACCAAGGGAAGGUGCAUAUCAAAUGCAAUUUUUGACAUUUUAAAUUACAAGGCUACUAAAGUAGUUUCUACAGUUAUAACAUAUCCUAUGAAUAAUGGCAUAUUUUUGGGAGCAAGUAUUGGUGGUGUAGAGCUAAAGCCAAAUAGCUCAGAGAUAACCAGUGCAAAAGCGGUCAGGCUUUUUUAUUUUCUAGAUGAGCAGAAGACAAAUGAAACCUCUGUCUGGCUUAAUGGCUUUCUAAAACUCCUCUCAAACAACACAGAACAGAAAAUGGUCCAUGUGUCUUACUUUACAUCAGUAUCAAGACAAAAUGAGUUGGAGACCAAUUCCAAAUCUGUCAUCCCCCUCUUCUCUUUUACAUAUUUCCUGGCCAUUACAAUUUCGGUUAUGUCUUGUUUGAGGUUAGAUUGUGUCAGGACGAAGGUGUGGGUGGCAACAUUCGGUGUCAUCUCCGCUGGUUUGGCGGUAUUGGCCAGCUUUGGACUGCUGCUUUUCUGUGGGAUGCCGUUUGCCAUGACCGUGGCUUCAGCCCCCUUUCUGAUUCUUGGUGUUGGUGUUGAUGAUAUGUUCAUUAUGAUCUCCAGCUGGCAGAAGACUGAAGUUGAUAAAGACGUUGAGGUUCGCUUAGCAGAAACGUAUAAGGAGGCCGCUGUGUCCAUCACAAUCACCACACUGACUGAUGUGCUGGCUUUCUACAUCGGUCUCCUCACUCCGUUCCGCUCGGUUCAGUCUUUCUGUAUGUACACCAGCACAGCUCUUCUGUUCUGCUACAUCUUCAACGUCACCUUCUUUGGCGCGUGUCUUGCACUGAAUGGAAAACGAGAGAAAGGCAACAGGCACUGGCUGACCUGCAUGAAAGUCCCAGAAGCCACCGGUGAUGAUAAUGUUUGUUGUGCUGGUGGGGCGUAUGAUAAAGUCACACAUAAGGAAUUUGAAAUGCCAGUGGAUUCAUUCUUUAAAAAGUAUUAUGGACCUUUUCUGACAAGAGUGUGGGUUAAGAUGCUCGUGUGUCUGAUCUAUGCUGGCUAUUUGGCAGUCAGUAUCUAUGGAUGCUUCCAUAUACAGGAAGGUCUAGAUCUGAAACAUUUAGCGGCAGACGGUUCAUAUGUUGGUGAUUACUAUGACAAUGAUGAUGAAUUCUUCUUUAAUUUUGGUCCUAAUGUCAUGUUAGUUAUAAAGGAUGAGCAUUUUCAGUACUGGAACCCAACUGCUCGUAAAAGUCUUGACUUGUGUUUGGAAAAUUUUCAAAAUCUGACAAUGGCAGAUUCAGAUAUUCCACCUAUUUCUUGGCUGAGUGCAUACAUGCAGUUUGGACUGCAUGCUGGUUUCAAUUUAGACAAUGAAGUGGAAUUCAAAAGCCAUUUAACUGCAUUUCUUAAUCGGUCUGGUUUUAGACAAGAUCUUAAUUUCACUAACAAUCAAAUUCAUGCAUCACGUGUGUUCAUUCAAACGGUGAACAUCAGCACAGCGAUCGAUGAGAAGAACAUGCUGAAUGCGUUUAGAGAAACUGCAGUCGAAUGUGGGAAUUUGCAGCCACCAGUUGUUCUGAUUGUCUACCACCCUGCGUUCAUCUAUUUCGACCAAUAUGCCGUCAUCAUCAGUAAUACAAUCCAAAAUAUAGUAGUUGCUACAUGUGCGAUGUUAGUUAUUUCACUCCUGCUGAUCCCAAACCCUCUUUGCUCUCUUUGGGUGACCUUUUCUAUCGCAUCUGUCAUCGUGGGUGUGGCCGGUUUCAUGGCAUUAUGGGAUGUUAGUUUAGACUCUGUGUCUAUGAUUAACCUUGUUAUCUGUAUCGGGUUUUCUGUGGACUUCUCUGCUCACAUAUCUUAUGCUUUUGUGUCAAGUGAAAAAUCCUCCGCAAAUGAGAAAGUUACGGAUGCCGUUAAUAAAUUAGGCUAUCCGAUCAUUCAGGGUGCCAUGUCCACUAUCGCAGGUGUGGUGGUGCUCGCAGCUGCCAAGAGCUACAUCUUUAGGACAUUCUUUAAAAUCAUGUUCUUAGUCAUUCUGUUUGGGGCCGUCCAUGGCAUCGUAUUCAUACCCGUGUUCCUCACCUUCCUCGGCACUUGUUGUAAAAGUGAUGAAAGAAAACAAAAUCUAAAAGAAUACACUGAGGUGACUGUCUGUACUAACUCUAAGCUGGAGAGUCAGGAUCAAUGUCCUGAUUCUGAAUAUGAACUAAAGUAACAUUUCUGAAAUUUUUGUCUGUAAAAUGUAUUUAUCAGUUAUUGUAUUAAUCAGUUUCUGUAUAUACUCUUGUUCAAUUUAAUUGCAACAUAAAUGUAACUAAACUGUUACAGGUACUGAGAAAAAAAAACGUGUAAUUAAAUUACAGUUACUUAGGAAAAUUAUUACAAAAGUAUUUUAUAUCCAAAGUUUGGUCAUGAAACUGAUGGCACAGUCCAAUAGGUCAAACUCAAUCUGACAUAAUGACGUCAUUAUCACACGGUGCCACCGAUUGGUUCUUUUUUUGUAAAGGCAGCCAAUGAGCUCGCUGCUCAAAAUUCAAAUACUUUGCUAUAGCAGUUGCAGCAUUCUUCAGAAAGCAUCUGAAAUCAACAUAUAAGAUAAUUGAAUGCUCUGUUAAUCUAUAUCGCUGUGCAUAUCGUAUAGUCUGCCUAAUUAAUUUCAAAAUGAGCAACCACAACAAGUUUAAACAACGUGUCAUGUGUACACUGGAGUGAAAUGUUAAGCAUAUUAUCAGUAGCUUUUACAAAAGUGUUUCUGUUCUCUCUAAGGACACAGAAUAGGUUUAAAGGGCACCUAUUACGCAAAAAACACUUUUACAUGGUGUUUGGACAUAAAUAUGUGUUGGUAGUGUGUGAACACAACCACACUACAAUGAUUAAAAUCCACCCACUCCUUAUUUUUAAAGGGGUCAUUGCAUGUCCAUUUUCCACAAAUUGAUACGAUUCUUUAGGGUCGUGAUGAAAAGUAAAAUUUUCCAAUGGUAGUAUAAAACAAUGCCCUUUUACCUUGUCAAAACCAGCUAUAUCUACAGAGACCCAUUUAAAUGCUAACGAGCUCUGCUAACCCCAACCCUCUCUUCCCUGUGGUGAGAAAUGCUCUGAAACUUCAGCCACAUUGAUUGCAGAACUUGUUAACUAGCACAUUAUUAGGAAAUGCAUUUUAAAUAACAUAUAUGCAAUUGUCCUGUAUUUUCCUUUUCUGAAGUUGGCAAUCCUACAUGUUAUGAUAAAUGAUCUGUGGAGUAUUAUGAGCUGAAACUUCACUUACACAUUCUGGGGACACCCAAGACCAUCUUGUACAAAGGGUAAUAAUAGGUGCCCUUUAAAUGUAAUAACCAUUCAUGUUUGUAUGCCUUUCAACCGGGUUUCACCAUAUUUGGUGGCGUAAUCUCAAUGUUCACAUUCAUUUAUUUCUAAGGUUAAUGUUUUCAUCAGCUGUGAUAAGUGUGCGGUUGAUUCAGCUGCACGUAGCGCAAGAAGAAUGCUCUCUUAUCACUCCUAAUAGCUUACUUUACAAAUAGAGCAUAAUGUUAUAUCAGUGAUCAUUAUCAAAUAACUGUUCAUUAACAUUACACAGUGUGCGUUUAAUUGAAGUUAAGCCGGUCGGAGUGGUAGCUCAGGGACACAUACAACAAUCUCAAAAAGAAAAAGAAAACUGACUAAAGUCUGAUUUUUGUGGUGGCUGUGCUUUAAAAUUAAAUUAUUACAAUCUUAACUUAAGUGAUGAAGGAUUUUGAAUGUCUGGCAGUAAUCAGUGUUGAGUACUGCUAUACGGUAUAUAACAACAACAAUUUGCAUUGUGAGUAUUACAAAAAAAUGGACACUAUAAUGUAAUUAGGAAAGUAAUCAAAUGUAAUCAGUAACAUUAAAAAAGUUAUUGGAAUAAUUACACCACUUUUUUUAAAUAGGGUAACUCGUAAUCUUUUACCUGUUUCAUUUCCAAAGUAACCCUCCCAAUACUGUCUGUAAUCCAGUUACAUUCAAGUACAUUGAUUAGUUAAAGAGUAAUCCAUCUAUUCUGUGCCUUAAUGCAAUAUAAUACAAUAUAUACUUUUCUGUUUUUCUUUUAACAGUGUUACAUUUUUUAUGAAAUUCCUGUGUACUAUCAUGCAGCCUAUAUUUGCACUAUUUAUGCUUUUUGCACCAGAAGCUCCUGUUGCUAAGUCAAAUUCCUUGUGUGUCUAAAAACUUGGCAAUAAAGCUCUAUCUGACAUCUGA